AUGAAGAUGGAAUAUAAAAUCUUUGGAGACUCUAGUUUAACUGAAGAAUCAGGAACAACAAGUAAUUAUCAAGUCCCUGUUCCAACAUUGGAAAGUUCUUUCAAACCAUUUGGUUCUAAAUUGGACUCGGAGUUCUUCGAAUACCUGACCAGAAAAUUGGAACCUAUUAGAUUGGACGAGUUUAUCCAAUAUGGAGAUAAAGAAAACCUACAUGAACAAAUCCAAAGUUACAAAGAGAAGUUUGACUCUUAUCAUUUAGAAAAACGUAAGAGGACAGAAGAAGAUUUUGCCCAAGAAUUUGAGUACUCAAAUAUGAGGUCAAAAAGAGGAAUUAAAAUUAUUGAUUAUACAGAAACCAAAAACACUGACAAAGAUGAGUAUUUAACAUAUACGCCGGCUGUGUUAUCAAGGCGUAGUGAUUUGACUUCUGAUGUCUUGUAUGCUUUUGUUGAGAAAGACCCUAAAGUGGUCAUUUAUUUUGAAGAUACAAAGACAAUUCUUAUUCCCGAAGAUGAUAUGUUAACUAGAGGUGAAGAAGUUAUCACUAAGAGGAGAGAUAAUGGUGAAGACUUAAUAUAUAAUGAAUUGGAUUUUCAGGAUUUGAUUUCCUAUAAAAAUGAUCAAUUAUUUCCAAUCUCUGCAUGUUUAGAGUUUCCUUCCGGUAGAGGUUCAGGAUCUGUCAGCUUUGGUUAUUCAUCAACUAUUGAAUUAAAUGCAUACAUAAGGCCAACACUCGAAAGAUCAUUUUCAAUUGGUUGGCAUAACUUUUCCAUAACAAUAGGGUUUGGGUAUGGAUUUUCGGUAUCAGCUGGGAAAAGUAUGUCAAUAGAAGGUUCACAUUCUUGUGAUACUAAAGAUGGGAAAGCACUUCGAUUAUUUUAUAGUCCAACUACUAUUCAAGCUAGACCAAGACAUAGAAAUAUAAUAUUCACUUUUAUUAAGAAUAUGAUGUUUACCAAGGAAUGGAAACAAUUGGAGCAAAUGACAUAUUUAAUGGAACAAAAUCCAAUCUAUUAUUGUGCAACGGAAGAUAAAAUGGAUUUAAAGUGUGAUGUAGAUUCUCAUAUUCAAUAUGACAGAGAAAAUAAUCAAUUCAAUAAUACUUGA